ACGAUAUCCGUGUUUGCGGGCAUCGUGUACGGUGCGCUGCUGCUCGUGCGCUCGGUGUCUCAGGGCAUCGAGUCUGCCAAGGAAGGCCUAAAAAAUAAAGGAAUGCUCGUCACGGACAAAGGCGUGGAAGUGAAGACAUCCAAGCGCUUCGACAGAGAGGAUUACGUGGACGCCACACAAAGGAACUUUGUGAAAGCCGUCAACGCGGCAUCAUUCCGCAAGAAUGGGGCGCUGGACUCGUCGCCGACCCUGUCCCCUCCCGCGCUUUCCACUGCGCGGUCUUCCUCCAGUGAUGGCGAAAAGAAAAGCCGGAAUCCAUUCAAGCGCGGGGUCAGUGAUUCUGGAAAAGACAAAUGAUGUCUACUGUAUUUCUACUAUCUGUAUUGGUCAUGCAUGCGGUCACAUCCGUCAACACGCUUCCUUGCUUCUGGGAUAUCGCCAGGUCUCAGAGACGGAACAGGAAAGACAGCUGAGUGUCGUCACAGUCAGCCAUCAGCCAGAAGAUAUGCAGACCGACUUACAUCUCCG